AUGUCCGUCCUGUACCUUGUCAAGCGGACUUUCUCCGCCUUUGAUAAAGACUGCUUCGCUAAGGUCUUUGGAAAAUUUGUGCGGCCGAAACUGGAGUUCGCUAUCCAAGCACGGAGCUCCUGGACCGCGGACGAUCUCAAUUCCCUCGAAAAGGUUCAAAACUUGGGACCGGACAGGGCUCAUUACCCUCUGAAGCACGUUCGGCUAAUCCCGACCUAG